AUGGCAACAAGCAGGUCCAUGGGACAGAAUGGGAACUACUCUUCUGUGACCAUGUUUAUUCUCCUGGGUCUCUCAGAUGACAAGGAGCUGCAGCUCAUCCUCUUUCCAGUAUUCCUAGGGAUCUACCUUGUGACCUUUACCUUGAACCUGGCCCUCAUUCUCCUAAUCAGGAUGGACUCCCACCUGCACACGCCCAUGUACUUUUUUCUCAGUUUCCUCUCAUUUAUUGACAUUUGUUCUUCUACCAUCUUCAUCCCAAGGGUGCUUUCAGACUUCCUAAAAAAGGAAAAAAUGAUCCCCUUUGUUGCCUGUGCCAGUCAGUAUUUUGCUGCAACCUGGAUGGGUCUGACUGAGUGCUGUCUGUUGGCUGCCAUGGCCUAUGAUCGAUAUGUAGCCAUUGGCCACCCUCUGCAGUACUCAACCAUCAUGGCUCCUCAGCUCUGUGGGAAGAUGGUUGCUGGAGCCUAUGUAAGUGGUUUCCUCAGUAGUUUUUCUCAAACAGUUGUUUGCUUUCAGCUUUCCUACUGUGGGCCAAAUAUCAUUGAGCAUUUCUUCUGUGACUUGCCUCAAAUUAUUCCCUUGUCUUGCUCCAAUCCUUUCAUCUGCCAAAUGAUUCUCCUUUUGGUAGAGAUUUUGGUUGGGUUUGGGCCUUUGUUUAUUAUCCUUUCUUCCUAUGGUUUCAUUGCAGCUUCAGUUUUGAAAAUCUCCUCAGCCAAAGCUAGUGCCAAAGCCUUCAAUACCUGUGCUUCCCACUUGGCAGCGGUAAUCAUCUUAUUUGGCACGGCUUUUGCAGUGUACUUAUGCCCCAAAUCUAGCCAAUCCACCAAGAAGGACAAGGUGAUAUCAGUGUUCUAUGCCAUCAUCAUUCCCAUGCUAAACCCUCUGAUCUACAGUCUGAGGAACAAGGAGAUCAAAGCAGCCCUUGAGAGGCUGAGAAAGAGAACAACAGGCUUCCCUCAGGUAGAAUAA